AUCCUGGGCAAGAUUGCAAACCGAAAGAAAUCACCGUUGUCACAACGACACCGACGACGGCUGCGGUUGCUCAGUGUGCAGCCCAGACAGAAGCCCACACCCGCAGGCACCAUGAUGGAGGGGGGCAUGCAGCUGCUCAACCGCGAUGGGCACAGCAUCUCGCACAACUCCAAGCGCCACUACCAUGACUCCUUCGUCUCCAUGAAUAGGAUGCGACAGCGUGGCUUGCUGUGUGACAUUGUGCUUCAUGUCUCCAACAAAGAAAUCAAGGCACAUAAAGUGGUGCUGGCAUCUUGCAGCCCCUACUUCCAUGCAAUGUUUACUAAUGAGAUGUCUGAGAGUCGACAGACCCACGUGACCCUUCAUGACAUCGACCCUCAGGCUUUAGAGCAACUGGUCCAGUACGCCUACACAGCAGAGAUUGUAGUUGGAGAGGGCAACGUGCAGACAUUGCUUCCAGCAGCGAGCCUUCUUCAGCUCAAUGGGGUCAGAGAUGCAUGUUGCAAGUUCCUUCUCAGUCAGCUGGACCCUUCCAACUGCUUGGGCAUUCGGGGUUUUGCAGACACACACUCCUGCAGUGACCUGCUCAAGUCUGCACACAAGUACGUGCUGCAGCACUUUGUCGAAGUCUCCAAGACAGAGGAGUUCAUGCUCCUGCCGCUAAAACAGGUUCUGGAUUUGAUCUCGAGUGAUAAUCUAAAUGUACCUUCUGAAGAAGAGGUGUACCGAGCCGUGUUGAGCUGGGUGAAACACGAUAUUGAUGGGCGCAGGCAACACGUACCUUGGCUGAUGAAGUGUGUGCGGCUGCCGCUGUUGAGGCGAGACUUUCUGAUGAGCAACGUUGAUACUGAACUGCUGGUGCGUCACCACUCGGAGUGCAAGGAUCUACUGAUCGAGGCUCUCAAAUACCACCUGAUGCCUGAGCAGAGGGGAGUCCUAAGCAAUAGCCGUACGCGUCCACGACGCUGUGAGGGUGCCAGUCCUGUGCUCUUCGCCGUUGGUGGUGGCAGUCUGUUUGCGAUUCAUGGAGACUGUGAGGCGUACGACACCCGGACGGACCGCUGGCACAUGGUGGCAUCCAUGUCCACAAGACGGGCACGAGUAGGUGUGGCAGCUAUUGGGAACAGACUUUAUGCUGUUGGAGGAUAUGAUGGUACUUCUGACCUUGCAACCGUGGAGUCCUACGAUCCCAUCACUAAUGCCUGGCAACCAGAGGUUUCCAUGGGAACAAGACGAAGCUGUUUGGGCGUAGCUGUCCUGCAUGGCCUGCUGUACGCUGCUGGAGGUUAUGAUGGUGCCUCCUGCCUCAACAGUGCAGAGCGUUAUGACCCUCUGACCAGUACAUGGACAUCCGUUGCUGCCAUGAGUACCAGAAGGAGAUAUGUACGAGUAGCAACUCUUGAUGGCAGCUUGUAUGCGGUGGGAGGCUAUGAUAGCUCCUCACAUCUGGCAACUGUGGAGAAAUACGAUCCUCAGAGCAACGCAUGGACAGCCAUCGCCAACAUGCUGAGCCGGCGCAGCAGUGCGGGGGUGGCUGUGCUGGACGGCAUGCUGUAUGUCGCAGGAGGGAAUGACGGCACCAGCUGCCUGAACUCAGUGGAGCGGUUCAACCCAAAGACCAACACCUGGGAAGGAGUCGCCCCCAUGAACAUACGCAGGAGCACCCAUGACCUGGUGGCUAUGGAUGGAUGGUUGUACGCUGUGGGAGGGAAUGAUGGCAGCUCCAGUCUUAACUCGAUCGAAAAAUACAACCCACGCAGCAACAAAUGGGUGGCUGCCUCCUGCAUGUUUACACGGCGCAGCAGCGUGGGCGUGGCGGUGCUGGAGCUCCUCAACUUCCCACCCCCUUCUUCGCCCACCCUCUCAGUGUCUUCCACUAGUCUUUGACACGGGGUCACCGUUUGGCUGACUUCAGCCUCUGCUGCUACAGCCCAGACUGGCUCUGGGAAGAGGCGCAACAGCUCCGUUUGAGAUGCGGAGGUGGGAGAAACGUGCUGAGUGGGCAGGUAAAUGUGUGGAGGAGCAGGCAACAGGAAGAUAGACAGACAUUGGGGAUGUGAG